UUGUACAGAGGAAGCGCUAAAAAUUAAAGGACAAACUCAAGAAACCAUGAGUACAGAGGAGUGUAUGCCACCUGGUCAUGUGUUUGGAUCGGAUGAGGUCUUGCCUAUGCUUGAGCCUCUUUAUCCAAAAUAUACUCAUCCAAAGGUUCCAUGCUGUGUUAAAGUACUUGCACCAAGCAGUUGGAAUCCUCCACCAGGAUACAGAAAGUUAGCAGGGGAUUUAUUAUAUAUUGAUAUAACAACACUGGAGGAAAACCAGGUAGUUGUCACAGCAUCAACUACUGGAUUUUAUGUCAACAAGUAA